AUGGGAGACAACCAACCCCUCACCCGAGUCGAUUUUGACGACCUUACCGCGGCUCUCACCACGGCUCUAACCAACGCCUUCACCAACUCACAAGACACCCUUAUCAAUCGAAUCAGUACUCUCAUCAACAGGCGUCCGGUAAGAGACAGACACCCCGAUCGUAGACCACCACCCCGUCAUCAACUAGCCCCUAGCGUUCACUCUAGUUCCGAAUCAGAACCUGAGGAGGAAGAGCGACCACCUCGCAACGAUCCAGACUACCGAAUGAARGCCGACAUCCCUUACUUCCAUGGAAACGUAGGCGUCGAAGACUUCCUCGAUUGGCAAAUCGAGGUUGACCGUUUCUUUGAAAUCAUKGAAAUCCCRGASCAUAAGCAAGUCAAGAUGGUGGCUUUCCGCUUAAARAACACCGCCGCCGUUUGGUGGGAUCGUUUAACCACCCAACGACAACGACAACACAAGGGCCCGGUUCGUUCAUGGAGACGAAUGAAGCAAUUAAUGUCAGAUCGUUUUCUACCGGAGGAUUACGAACAGAUUCUCUACCGAAUGUACUUGGAUURUUCCCAAGGUUCYAGAUCCGUGUCCGAAUACACAACGGAGUUUAUCCGUUACUCCGAUCGAAAUGAGGUAGGCGAAACGGAGGGUCAAAGAGUCGCACGCUACAUCAACGGUUUGAAGCCUUCCAUCCAAGAAAAAAUCGGACUCCAAACCGCGUGGACCAUCUCUGAAGCUUCYAAUUUGGCCAUAAAAGCCGAGUUAAUGGAGAAAACCACCYGAUCUCUAUACCGUCGCUACCCCACUCAAACCUCCACCGACGCCCCUAGCUCAAAUCCCGACAAAGGAAAAAACGUAGUAACUCGCCCGAGUCUACGCGAUUCCGAUCCCCCUCGAACCACAACCACCGCCAAGCCAACCGCACCAAAACCCACGAACCCCUACGCGAAACCAUCGGCUCCUAAGUGCUAUCGUUGUGGCCUACCGGGUCAUAAGUCGAACGAAUGUAGCAACCGGAGAACCACCGGGCUUGUGAACGAAGAAGAAUWCGACRACGAAGAAAAAGAGUACGAAGGCGCUGAUUUUGCRGAAGAARAUUUCGAGGAAGAAAAAGUCAAUAUCGUACUCCAACGAGUUCUUCUCGCCCCAAAAGAAGACGGUCAACGAAAAAACCUCUUCCGGUCUUAUUGCUCGAUCAACAAAAAGAUUUGCAAUUUGAUCAUAGACAAUGGUAGUUGCGAAAACUUGGUGGCUCAAAAGCUUGUCGAUCACUURGGUCUACCGACUCAACCUCACGAAUCGCCGUAUGCACUUGGAUGGGUCAAGAAAGGGCCGCAAGCACGAGUGACUCAAGUUUGCAAGGUUCCUCUUUCUAUUGGCAAAUACUACAAAGAAGAAGUACUUUGCGAUGUUUUGGAUAUGGAUGCAUGCCACAUAUUACUCGGACGACCGUGGCAAUACGACAACAACGUUACUCACAAGGGAAGAGACAACGUGAUGCUAUUCUAA